ACGCGGGGGCGAGUCAGUAGUCAGUACUCAGUACUCAGUAGUCACUAUUCACUCCCUCGCGAGAUCUCUAGCAGGACGCACGUGUUAUUAACUACAGUGAUGGUGUUCACCGACUUUAUCACCGAGACGAGAAGGAAGUGGUUGCAGGCCUUCAAAAUAUUCAAGGGCAAGAACAAGAAAAGCAACAAUCGUAUCUCACCAGAUACAUCCACAUCUACACCUGUCGAAGGAGAUGUCGAUGUCAACUUCUGCGGGUGCCGUAAAAGCCUAACCCCAGUUAACUUAUCCGAAUACUCAGAGACCACAUCAGAGUGUCACAGUAGCUACGCCAGCUACGGCAGUAACCACACAGGUCUACGUAGAUACGCGAGAUCUGUAUCAAACAGCGACUCGGCCUACGAUUCUAUGCGCAGCAGCCCCGCCCAAACGAGGCCUGCGUACUAUGCUACAGCCACAUACUUAAAUGUCAAUGACUCAGAAGAUAGUUCGAGUAUACACACAGAGUAUACAAUGCUAGAUUACGAAGAUACAGAGGAUGAGGAUGCACAGAAUAUGAUUAAUGAAAGCAUUGAACACGGCGCCUUAUGAAUGUGCCAUUUUCUAAAGGAUUAUGGUAUGAUUAUUAAGUGUGAGCCGAUGAGGGCUGAUCGGCCUCCGAAGGUGAAGUGACGUAAUACGAAAGAUUGUAUUGGACAAUGGUCGCAAGUAGAUUUUUCAUUUUCAACAGUAAACUAAAAGGGAAGUAGAAUAGUCGUGCACAAGUUGCAAAGUAAAAACGCGCCGUUGGAUGUUAUAAAUGUAAUUAAAUUAUCUACGGUUAUUAAUGUAAGUACAGGUAGCGGCACGAAACUCUAGCGCUGACCGUUAUUGCGCAGAAGUAAAAAAUAAGGUACCUGAGGGGAGCUAGCGGAAUGAAGAGCGUCGAUUGGCUCUCUAGUCGCAUUCCGGUCCCCGCACCACAGUACACAUGCGCACCAAUCCCCUCCACGUAUCGGCCAGCGCUAGACUUACGUGCCACUGCCUAUAAUAAAAUUUUACGGAUAUAUCAUUUUAAGUUCGAAUAUUAUUUUAAUUUAGUAUAAGUUUCGUCUUCAAAUUUGAUUUUUAAUUAACCACGGUAGGAUUAUCUACAUAUGGGAGAUUUUGUAAUGAUUCCCCUUAGAGCCUGUACAAAAAACUUGACUACUAAAUUUAAACUAUCAUUUUAUAGUAAAAAUAAUAAUAAAUACAUUCCUCAGACCUUUUUUUGCUUAGCUACUUGUUAUAUUUACACAUACUACAUUCAUAAUCCCAAUAUGAAUUAUACGAUGAAAAUGUUAUUUAAAUAACUAUAUUACGUAGGAAAUUCUGAGCUAAUAAACAUAUUAAACAAUUGAUAAGAAUAUUCAACCACCAAAUUGUUGUAUUGCUGAAAUAUUUUAUGUAUGAAUGUGCGAGGAAUUAAGGAAAUCAUUAAUGGAAUAUACAUACAUAUUUUCAAUGGGAAAUCACAUUCAAUUAUUUCUAGGGAAUUUGCAUUAUAAUAUUGAUUGCUAAAUAAUAUAAUAACUUAACUAAACUAAACUAAUUGAAAUAUAAUUAUUUAUUUAUCUCGAUAUUUUAAGCGGAAAAUGUCGAGUUGAAAUUUAAUAUUUUUCGGUGUCAUCACUAUUUGUAGAAUGUACUUAUAAUUUAGUUUAUUUAGAAUGCGUUAUGAUUUCAUAUGCAUUAUAACAGAUAGCAGUAGCUGUAUUCUGUAAAUCGAAUACCAAUUUCCAAAGAUUAACGCAAAACAGAACUCACAAAACCUUGACUUUAGAUUAAAAACUCUAAUGAAGUUGUGAUAUAAUCCUGUAGUAUAUGAUUUGUAUAAAAACAUCUGUCUGUAGAUAGCUAACUUAAUGUUAUAUUAUGUUGGAUGCGUGAUUACAAUUAAUGACAUAUCUUUAAAUUCCCAAACAAAGAUUAGUAUGUAAACAUUAUCGCCCAAACCCAAUAACUUAUCUCAAUCCAUCUGAGGUAGACAUAUUAAUCCAAAUAUUGAUAAGUGUGCCAAUAACCAAUCGAUGGAUUGUAAUAGUUAUCUGUCGAUACAAGCUAUCCAUGGUAGGUCGGAACGGUGUAUGUGGACCUGUGUAUGAAAAUGUCAAUUCAACUGUGCCAAUAUCCUAUCUUAAGAUAUUAACGUACACCAGUUUUUAAAAUAAUUAAAAAGCUAUUCAAUAUGAUUUAAACAUAGACAUGUAUAUUUUAAUAUUAUUUGUACGGUUUUAUUUACUUUAUUUGGUUUAUAUUGAUUAUCAAAUGUGAGUGUAAAGAGUGAAGUGAUUGCAUUCUACCUAUCCGUCGCCAAAAAUGGAUUAUCUUCGUAGGGUUUGGUUAUUGGGAUGCAGAUAGGAGAUCGAUAGAUCGUCAUGGUCUGAUCUCGAAUUGUUUUCAAUCUGAGAUUUUGGAUUAAUUAUUGGGUUCGGGCGUAAUUAAACACCCCACCCCAUCUUAAUCUUAUUUAAGCAUGUGUCUCUUUUAAUCACGACGUAAACACAAUUUUACAGAAAGAGACGAAAAAUUAAAAAUGUAAUUAGACUUACGAUUUUACUGUCUUGUUUCGAUUCUAAGAUAUUGUAAAUACUUAUUUAUUCUUGAACUUUAGAAUAAUAUGCAUGUACUUUAAAGUAUAUUACACCAAAGUUAUUGUGAUAUUAAGUAACUAUAGUUUUUAGAUUAUGUAUAAUGAUCUCAGAAUAAUUAUAAGUUAAUAAAUGCGAUAUG